AUGUCCGGCCUCGAGGUUAUCGGCUCUGUCGCGAGCGUCCUACAAUUAGCCGCCACAAUCUAUAGCAUUUCGAAGACUCUUUACGAAGUCGGCGAUGCAUUAUCCAAUGCUUCAUCGGAUAUCAAAGACCUAGCUGGAGAUUUGGAGACAUUUUCCCAAGAACUCGAAUUAUUAUCUACCCUUCUCGAUGGCAAAAGCACCCACUAUUCUGAUCAAGUCUAUCGACUCACUGCUAAGAUCAUUGGGGAUUGUGCAAUGAUAUGUGAGAAGAUUAAUCGCGUUCUAAAGAAGUUACGAAGCAGGAGUGUUUGGGCCAAAAUGAAAUGGCUAUACAAGGAGAAAGAGAUUGAAAAGCUUCGGGCAAGGCUGAGAGAUCUCAAACUAAGCUUGAUGAUCAUCCUCAGCCAUUUCAGUAUCCUCAAGGCUGAUCGAAUGAUGGAUGCCAUGGGUAUAGGAAGCUCGAGUUUAUUGGAGGGGCCCAGAAAUGAAGCUGCUGCAAAGGAGACUGUCAAGGAUUUAGAGAAAGCAAGAAAGAAGCUUGCAGGCAUUACAAUGGAUCAGAAUCAAACUACUGUGGCACCUAGCAGAAGCACGAGUACUCAGUUCUCUUGGUUGCAGGAAUCUUCAGAAUCGACGACGGCGGCUUCUAAUGCUCUUUCUAAGAGUUCUCUGAGGGCAAGUUCGACUGCUCUCUCAGAACUUGAUCCCGAAAGCCCUCCACCAACCCCAGGACCUCAAAUACCAUGUUUUGCCGUCCCAUCUGAGGACUUCUCAGAAGUCAAGGCAAUUAUGAUGAAUAGUGCCGCCAUGUAUUCCGUGCAGUCUUUCCAAACGGCAGCUUCUCGAUUCGAAUACGACGAAUGCGAUGAUAAUUCCGAGAGACAUCACUUUCAAGAAGUCCCUAUCAACAGCCCUUUUAGAUCGGAAACAGGUCCACGCUAUCAGGGUUGGAAUGAAGAUAAGACAGCAUCAGAGCCUGCGGCUGAUUUGCCUAGCAAAAAAACGCCAGUUACUGGACUUUUGAACCAACCAACGAAAGAUUGCCAAAGGUCUUUUCAUCGACCAGAUCUCUUAGCCAGGCAUUUGCACCGACACUGGAGUCCAAGGAGUCGUGCAUCAUCAAGUGCAUCAGAGAGUAGGACGCCUUCUCUGAAAGUGGAUCUAUCUUCCAUGGGAGCCUAUUCCUCUGGGCCACAAGAAUUUUCCGACGCAUUGACGCCCCCCGGGUUUUGGAACUUUGUAGAGCCAUUAGCAACUUCUAGUAAUUUCCGUGCCAUCAAUUUCCAGGGCUCGGCAGAUUCAAAGAGAACUGCUAGCCAAGCUCAACUACCAGAAUCAGAUUUGGAUCUCGCCCCAUCUUGUAGAGCAGAGUCAUCGCGAAUGCUCGAUCUAAUGACGACCCCGAAUUCGCUCGGGUCAUCAAGUCAAUCCGGAAUCGCCGAAUCGUAUGCGGAGGGAGGGAUGAACUACACCACGACCCAGCAGCUCCCACUUCUUAGUAUUUCAGAGGAUAAUUGGAACACUAGCCAAUCUUGCAAUAAUUCAUCAUGCUGCUCAUCGACGUCAAGUCCUGAUCACUCUCCUGAGUCUGAUACUUCUCCCCGGAUGUCUACCCCUGUCUCGGCUCGAGCACAUCUAUUGAGUAUCCCUACAUCAAUGGUCGACUCUGAUUCCCAUAAGACUUUUCAUCACUCAUCAAAUGGAAAUAUGCAUAUAGCAGGCUAUAGUGGAUUUGACGCGGCUGAACCAACGUCCGGGCACCUUCGUUCUGAGCAAUUAUCCCAACUCUGGUGGCGAGCAUCCGCAAAGCUUGAGGAGAAUGAUCCUUUUCUUUCAACCGCUCUAAACGUGGCAUGGGAAGCAUAUAUUACUAUGGGAUCCAUGAUUCACAAACUUUCUCGGGUAUCUCUCACUAUCACACUCGCAACAAUGAGUUCGAUAAAGCGGAUACAUGGUCUCAUGAAAAUGAUACAAGAUGUAUUGCAGAGCAAGACUGGAGCUUGUGUCUGGGUCUAUCUCUCAAAAGCUCUCGAUAUUCUUUGUCAACAUACGGAUAUAAACCAAUAUACCGAUAUCUUGGAGUCACUCGCAGACGUCGUUGCUUUGAUCGCAAGAUAUAACGUGAUGGAAAGCAUGUAUCAACAAUUGCCUGGUAUGGAUCUCGAACCAGAUUAUGAGGAUGCACUUGUAUCUCUGUGCACUCAUGUGCUUGAGUAUCUCGGCCAAGUCAUAACUUUGUCAUUGGAAACGGGCCAGCAUGCUUCGAUGUCAGAAAUCUUGACGCAAACCAUAAAUAAGAUCAACCAAGCAGAUACAAACUGCCGGCAAUUUACAGUCACUUUCAUGGACACGGCUUUAGAUCGGGAUAUCAAAGAUGUGUCGGACGAGGACUCUGAUUCUGACAGCGCCAAUUGCGAACCUCGAGGUACCAAGAGAGGAUUCGAAGAGAUCUCCGUAGCCAUUGUUCAUGCACGUAGUACACAGGCUGAGAUGUCGGGCAGUGCUUCACUAGAAUUUCAAGAAAUGGGAAAGCGGCCAAGGGUUUGA